GGGGCAAUACUCGACAAGGCCAAGUGGUAAGUGCUUUUCACGCACAAAUCCCCAUCCACAAUCUACCCCCUGUCCCGAGGAUUUUCCGCCAUACCCUACGAGAAAUCCACACACUUUUCCUCGCUCGCGAUCCGAAUUCCCAAAUCCAAACGUCUCGCACCUCAAGUCAUUCCGGAGACCUGAGCCGACAGCCUUCAUACACCAUGCCUCCCAAAGCUAAGACAGGCAAGAAGGCCGCGCCGGCCCCCUUCCCCCAGGGGAAGGCUGGUGCCAAGAAGGCCCCCAAGAACCCUCUCAUCGAGAAGCGGACCCGGAACUUCGGUAUUGGCCAGGAUAUCCAGCCCCACCGCAACCUGUCGCGCAUGGUGAAGUGGCCUGAGUAUAUCCGUCUUCAGCGCCAGAAGAAGAUCCUCAACCUGCGCCUCAAGGUGCCGCCUGCGAUCGCACAGUUCCAGACCGUUCUCGACAAGAACACGGCUGCCCAGGCUUUCAAGCUCCUCAACAAGUACCGCCCCGAGACCAAGCCCGAGAAGAAGGAGCGUCUCCUGAAGGAGGCGACUGCCAUCAAGGAGGGCAAGAAGAAGGAGGACGCCAGCAAGAAGCCCUACGUUGUCAAGUACGGCCUCAACCACGUUGUUGGUCUGAUUGAGAACAAGAAGGCUGCUCUUGUCCUCAUCCCCAACGAUGUUGACCCUAUUGAGCUGGUUAUCUUCCUCCCCGCCUUGUGCCGCAAGAUGGGUGUCCCCUACGCCAUUGUGAAGGGCAAGGCGAGACUCGGAACCGUCGUCCACAAGAAGACUGCUGCCGUUCUGGCCCUUACCGAGGUUCGCUCAGAGGACAAGACCGAGCUCUCCAAGCUCGUGUCGGCCGUCAAGGAGGGAUAUCUUGAGAAGAACGAGGAUGCGCGCAAGAAGUGGGGCGGUGGCAUCAUGGGCUACAAGGCCACGAAGCGGAUCGAGAAGCGCAAGAAGGCUCUCGAGACUGCCAUCAAGGUCUAAUGAUGCAUUGAAAUGGACGGACUGGCGUGGUUGCACUUUCGGGCGGCGUAUGGAAAUACCAAAACUAGUUAGGGAAUCAGACCGUGCCUCCGCCAUAUGCGGAUAUGACCUCCAAAUGCGUCGUUUACCUACAUUAUGUUCGUGAGGGCUCUCACAACGCAGCAUGUCAAUUUGCAUACGAUUGCAUGCCAUUUAUUUUCGCAACUGCUAAAUCUGCUGGGCAAAUGCAUAGUGGCGCGUUAAGAACAAUUUGCAGCUCUUGAUAUUACUACCUACCUUUGUAUUCAUGCCACCCGGUGUCGGAGCACAAUGACACCCGCGCCUGCGGAGAGCUUUCGUCAAUUUACUCCAGAGUGUAGCAUACCUAUCUAUUAAAUUGCGUCCCUCUCAAGCUAACCUUCAAGCCUCUGAAGAGAUUACGUUUCCUCGCGCC